AUGCUAACAGUUAUUCCCGCCGUUUGUGUGAUUUAUGCGCUGACAGCUCUUGUAGGGCUCACGGUGUAUGCCUAUUACUCUCACAUUCAAUGUGACCCUAUGGUUAUUGGAGCUGUUACUAAUAUUAAUCAGGUCACCGUGGCAUUGGGCGGAGCAGUUGGAGGGUCGGUUGUUGGGAUGUAUUGUCUUGGAGCCUUUACGACCAGCUGCAACUGGAAGGGAGUAACAGCUGGAGGAUGGGUCGGUUUUGCUUUCUUAUUGUGGAUCGCUUUGGGGGCAUUCACGAUCAAAUCCACGAAACACAUCCUUCCCCCGGCGUCAACUAACGGAUGCUAUGUUAAAAACGUCAGCGAACUCUUUAAUGAAACAAGUACAACGCCAUAUUCAACCAAUGAAUAUCAGAUUGGCUUCUCCAAUUCAAGCACUGUUUCGCCUGUACCAGCGGUCGAGGAGGGACACUUAGACAAGUUUUACUCAAUUUCUUACACCUGGUAUGGCUUGAUAGGAAUCAUUGUGACGUUUACAGUAGGAAUGCUCGUAAGCUUGGUGACAGGUUUUAGUGAUAAAGACGAUGUUGAUGAGGAGACAUAUAUUAAAUGGCCAGAUUUGCUGUUCUGCUGUCUCCCUGAGUCGUACAGGGUGGGGUUAUGGAGAAAAAUUACAGGCUCACGAAAUCUUGAUAACAAGGAUGGAGAUGCUAGGGAGAAUGCAGAGCCUGUUGAAAUGGAGAGUCUGAUGGUAAAAAAUGGAAUGAAGACUUAGAACCAAAAGGAACUGAGCGAGCCUAAAGGACAUGGGGCACAAACAUUUUGAUACAAUUUUUAAAGGAGACUCUGAAGUGUCAUUUAGGGCUUACAAUAGAUGGCGAAUAACAUGGGACACAUACAUUAUGAUAUAAUUUUGAAAGGAGACUCUAUUUAGAGUGUCAUUAAGGACUUACAAUAGAUGGCGAAGGACAUGGGACACAAGCAUUAUGAUAUAAUUUUGAAAGGAGACUCUAUUUAGAGUGUCAUUUAGGAGCAGUGGGGGGGGGGCAUUGUUGGAAUGCAUUGUCACGAAAAUUUACAAGCAGCUGCAACU